GAGAGAGAGAGAGAGAGAGAGAGAGAGAGAAAGGGCAGAAAUGGCGGCGCGCGCUUGCCCCGCCACGUCUCUCAGGCGCUGGAGAAUGUGCGGGGUGGCGGCGGCGGCGGUGCGCGCGGUGCUGUGCUGCGUGCUCGUGGGCAGCGGCGCGGUUCGGGCAGGUUUGUACACGGACGCGGACCAGGUCGCCAUCUUGACUCCCGACACCGUGGAUUCGGUUCUGUUCGGGUCUCCGACUGCAACGCUGCUCGAGUUUUACGCCACCUGGUGCGGACAUUGCGUCGCCUUCUCACCCGCGUGGAAGAAACUGGCGCUGGAUAUUAAAGAGUGGAAGUUGGCGGUGCAUUUGGCGGCAAUCGAUUGUGCGAAUGAGAACAACCGAGAAGUGUGUAUUAGAUUCGCCAUCACGGGAUAUCCGUCUCUGAGGUUUUUCCCAGCAUUCUCCAGUAAUGAUUCUACAGGGGAAAAUAUCAGAGGCUUCUCCCGUGAUGUCACAGGCCUCCGUCACCUCAUUAUUGAUAAACUUGAGUCUCACAAGAACCCGGCACCACCGGCGUGUCCCCCACUGGAAACAACCAGCACUCAAGAGAUCGACAGCUACCUGGAGGAAAGCAGAGAGCACAACCACAACCUGGCCGUGGUGUUCGAGGAGGACAACUCCUAUGUGGGCCGAGAGGUGAUCUUGGACAUGCUGCAGUAUGUGAACAUCAUGGUGCGGCGGGUUUUGCGCUCUGAGGAAGAGCUUGUGAAUCGACUCAAUGUAACAGAAUUCCCUUCUGUUUAUGUCUAUAACAAACAAAGCAACUUUACCAGACUGCCAGUGUUGAGAGAUGCUCGUGCGUUUUACUCGUACGCCCUCCAGAGGUUACCGGGUGUGGUGCGAGAAGGAAAACCUUAUCCCGAAGUCACUGACUUCGUCCGGAACCAGACAGAGGAGCAGUGGAUACCAUUCAACAAGACACGUGUGUACAUGUCUGAUCUUGAAUCUGCUCUGCAUUACUCUCUUCGGGUGGAAGUAGCAUCUCAUACCGUCAUUAAAGGGGAAGCUCUCACCGCUCUGAAAGGCUACAUCUCUGUACUGGACAAGUAUUUCCCAGGCAGGCCUCCAGUGAAAAAUGCUUUAAAGGCGGUGAACAAUUGGCUGAAGGAGCAGAAGAAAACAUCAAUCAUGUACAGCGAGUUCAGCGCUGCUCUGAACACCAAGACCACUGACUCAUAUCUUCCUGAAGUUGUGAGGUGGGUGGGGUGUCAGGGUUCGAAGAAGCAAUAUCGAGGUUAUCCCUGCUCAAUGUGGACACUUUUCCACACACUGAUUAUCCAGGCUGCAGAAGCAGGAAGUAAAGACCCUCAGGAGGUGCUGCAGGCGAUGAGGCACUAUGUCGGAAGUUUUUUUGGCUGUCGUCCUUGUGCAGAUCAUUUCGAGGCCAUGGCUCAGGAGAAUAUGGACCAUGUGACCACUCAUACGGUCGCCGUCCUUUGGCUCUGGUCUCGCCACAACCGGGUCAAUGCCCGCCUCGCAGGUGAACUGAGCGAGGAUCCUCACUUCCCCAAAGUCCAGUGGCCUCCUCCGGACCUGUGUCCAUCCUGUCACACCCUGAAGUCGAACGGAGAUCACGCCUGGGUGCAGAACAAGACAUUAGCCUUCCUCAGGAAUUAUUACUCUGCACAGCACCUCUCAAAUGACUUUCUGUCUGUUUCUGUUGAACCACCGGUGAUCGAGAGACGCAAAGCCAGGGAGACGGCACCCAAUCGCGAACAGGAAGCAGGACAGGAAGUGGUGGAUGAGGAGGACGAACUAAACGAAGCUCCUCAGGAUGAGAAAUCCGCAUCUUAUGCAUCACCGCGUAAACCAAGCAUCGUCGGACUUCGGCACCAUCAGUUCAGAGAGGACAUUGUGGACCUGGACGCCUUCAUAAUCCAGCACUACAAAGCUAAAGCACCGCUAAGCAGGCGGGACAUGGAGGAUGAAGUCGAGCCCCUUCCACAGAGCAUGAGGAGGACCAGGCGGGAUCUUGCUGCACUUGACGCCAAAGGGUUAGCGCUUGGGCUAGAGGUGGAGCCUGAGCCGUACGACCAGUCUCGGACGCACUGGAUGUCUGUCCUCAGUGUCGGGUUCUCGCGGCUCGACGUGAGUCUGUGCGUGGCGUUCUACCUGCUCUCAGUGCUCUGCAUCGCCACCAUGUGCUUGUAUUUCCGAGUAAAACGGCGCCAACGCAGGACAAAAUUGGCACUGCCGUAACCGAUUUGCACCAAAGAAUGGGGUUCGUCGAUAGCUAACAUCAAAACUGAUCACUUUUACUGACUGGAUUAAAAUCACUUAAAAAAUGCUGUAAUUUCACCACCAUGUCAAUUCAUGAGCAUUUUAGCUAGGCAUGCGGGCCGGGGUUUUCUAGCAUAGCAUUACCAAGCCAACACCUAUAGCUAGUUUGCUCGCCAGGACCAUAAAUUCAGCCACUUAAUUGGCCUUGUUUCAUUUUGUCACCGAAAGCAAACUCUCAAAGUACAACAGCAUCUUUGCAAUUACAUGUGUGAUAUUUUUCCUCUUAAGAAAAUCACAUAAAUAGUUUCACAGUCAUUAGUAUGUUAAUUAGCUGACCUUCUGGCACACGUUUCUGUGCAAAGAAAUGCGGAAAUAUAAUAUACAAUUGGAGUAACCAUCACCAGACACCGCAGUUGCGUAAUCUCAUGUAGGGAAGAUUUUACGAGUCAUAGGAUGCCGAGUGUGGUUUUUAUUUAUAUAACAAUGUUAUAUAGAAAAGCGAGAGAAGCUCAGGUUUUCUGGGUCUAGCUACCGAAACAUACAUGGUGUAAAAAUGAUAUUAAAUAAAAUUACAUUUAUUAACAAAUACAUUUUAAUACAAAUUGUAAGUGAGAUUUUUUGCUAAAGUGGCUGAGUGUGGGCUCGCUGGUGUUCGUGUAAACCACAGAAAGAUGAAGAACAUUUAGAACCGAGAUCGUUUGUGUCGAGGUGACUCCGCCCCGCUUUGCCGCGAUUGGCCAAAUCCAAAGCCCUGACGCUUCUAAUUAUACAGAGUGCUUGACUGUUUUAAACAGUGUGGUCUAACAGGAUUUCAGAGAAUCAUACAUAAAUAAUAAACACUUUAUAAUAAAUAAAUAUAUAAAUGGAUUUUACGGUGAUGAUGGGCGGAGUUAUCGAUUGUUCCUUUAUUUUUAGCCCAUUCAGUGUUAAUUACAUUGUAUCAUGAUACAGAAAUUAUAAAUAAAUUCUAUUUAAUUCUAAA